UAGGCCUAAGAGGGGUGGGGCUGGAUUGUUAAAAAAACUGUAAGAUGGCUAGGAACUCGUUUUUGGCAGUGUUGUGCGUUUGGCUGGUUGUGCUAACUCUAACACCACUGUAUUUGCUCUUCACUGGAGGCUACUCUUUGGUGAGAGACGACCAGCUACUAUCAGUAUCUCAUGUUGAGUUGACAAGAAGGGGUGUGUCUGCUCAGAAAGAGCUCAGUCGGUUCAAGAGACAAGAGCACUUCAAGUUUGAAGACUCUGCUAAGCUGGACCUUAUAGGCAGCCAAACCAUUCGGAAUGAGAUACAAAAAGCUUUCUCCAAAGGCAAUGCAUCCAACCCCAGAGCAGCUUUUGAGCAAGUUGUUGUAUUGAGCUCAUUGCUCCCCAAGAUAACAAACAUAUCCAGGAUCAGGACACCAGACCCUGGGGCAUUCCGUAACUACAUUGCGCCCAUGGGGCUGCCAGUCAUAUUGACAGACAUGCUAGAGGGAGAAAAGUUGGCAGAUUGGACGUGGGAGUAUGUCCGUUCAAAAUGGGGGAACGUUGUGUACCACAACACAAGGCAAGGGGAGUAUUCAACAAAGAUCUCAAAGCUUGGCAAACACUACGUGAACAGAGUUUCAGUGAAGCUUGCUGACUUUAUUGAUAUUGUAACGGGCAAGAAACAACCGGAGAAGUCCGAAGAGGGUAUGUACAUCACCAAACAGAGAGUGAUACCAGUGGAAGCUCUGGAACAGGAAUUUACAUACCCAGCAUUCUAUCCUGGAGCCAAAAAGAAAUGCUUCCUGGAGCCAACUGGCUGGAUUGGUGCACCGGGAACAUUCACCCAGGGCCACAUCGAUAGCAAAGACAACUUUGUUUACCAAAUCAUUGGUGAAAAAAGAUGGACCAUAUUCUCCCCACAAGACUACAAGUACCUCUACUACAAGCAGACAAAGGGCUCUUUGGAGUGGAGCACUGUAUUGAACACAUUCGAUUUGGACAAUAUAGACUCGAGCAAGUACCCUCUAUAUGCCAAGACCACCCCAAUAACAUUCACAAUGAGUCCUGGAGAGGUACUGUAUCUCCCCAGGGGGUGGACACACACUGUGGCUAACAUUAGUCCGUCACUUAUGAUCAACACUUGGAGAUACGGACCAGCGGCCAUUACAGAAUAUUGGUCAGACAAGAAUAGGCAAGAAAUAAGGAAGAAAUGUUUCUGAAUAAUAACAGUACAAAAUUUAUAAAAAUGACUAAAAUACAUUUGCACUUAUUUUCUAUGUGUUCCCAUCAAAGUUUCUCACUUGCUCUAAA